AUUGUUUCUUUCGUACUUCUGUUUUCCGAUUUGACGUGGAGUGAGAAGGUGAAGUAAAUUUUCAAUAUGACAAAAUAUUACGUUCGCAGAGUUGAUCAGCUGGAUGCUAUUUUAUUAGACGAUGAACUUUAUUCCUUAUUAAAUUUACACUAUCGCAAAGCAUUUAAAUACUUUCCGAACUCUCUUCUUGUGCGUUUCGGAUCAGAAAUAGAUAUUUUGUUUAAAUUUCUUUAUAGAUAUGUACCUUUACAAACUCUAAGGUGUUCUUUUGGACAGAGUCUUUUCCAUCUCAAGUACCGGAAAUAUCCAUCAUAUGAAGAUGCCUCAGAUUCCAGACUUAGACUUUUUGCUAUCGUCAGUGUGUGUUUCCCCUGGUUUUGGAAUAGACUUAUCAGAAAGUUGAUAUCUUUGUAUAAUACUUCUUAUUCCCAUAAAGCAUUAGAUGCAUCAUACGCAUUAGAAUCUAAAUUUUCAACAUUUUAUCAGUUGUUGACCCUUUUAAACUUUUGCAUAUUUUUGCAAAGGUCCGCAUUUCCAACUGUGAUAGAAAGAGUGUUGCGCAUAAGACCUGUAUACUCAGUUCCACAAGAAAUCCACUUUGUGAAUAAUUACAAUGUUUCUAGAGAAUUGCUGUGGCAUGGAAUAGCAGAGUUGUUAGGGUUUAUCCUGCCUUUGAUAAAUGUGCAUAAAAUGAAAGGAUUUAUGAAACGUUAUUUCUUAGUUAAAUAUUUCAGAAGCUAUAAUACAAAACAAGCUGCUGUUCAAAGUAGUUUUUGCUCACUAUGCGGAGAAAUACCAAAUUUCCCACAUACAUUUGGCUGUUAUCAUAUAUUUUGUUAUUAUUGUAUUGCCAGUAUACUUAUGGCAGACCCAUCGUACCUUUGUAUAGAAUGUGAAAUUAAAGCUAAUGGUUUGGACAGCAUUAAACCUCUUGCGGUAAAUGCGCUUGAACUUGUUACAUUAUAGAAAAAUUUACAAAACCAUUUUCUGCGGGAUGUUAUAUAUUCAGUAUGUACUGACAGCCAUUUAAAAAAGAGGAGGAAAAACAAUUUCAUUUGCUCUUUGGUUAGAAUGAAAGAAUCCUGAUUUCAAUCUUUGGUUUUGGUGAAUUUAUUUAAAGAGAAAAAAAAAUCACUCUUUUAUGUGGGAUAUGGAAAAUGGAACAAUUUAAUAACUGUUGUAUGAAAACUUUGUGAAACUGCAACAUUUUGAAUAUUCCAAAAGAAUUCUAAUGCAUCUGCAUUUAACACAGAAGAGACAUGAACAUGAAGUCCUGUGAUAUUUUCUGUACAUGUUUGUCUUUUAAAUGUAUGAAAUUAAAUUUGCUAAUCAUUUUGAGAAGAUUACGAAACUAAAAUGCUUAUCAUCAUUACCAUUGUUUUCUGAAACUUGAAGCAAAGAACUUAAAGAUAAAAUUACGCAAAAAACUUAAAUAAAAAUAUUUUAUACUUUCAGUGCUAAAUAUCUUGUCGGAUAAAGCUAAAAUAAGCUACUGUGAUACUCUAAGAGUCUAUCUUUUAUUUAUGAAGGAUUUUUUUAAUGAAAAUCAUUGCUGGCAAUAAAAUUCCACCAACAUACAUUUUAUCAUAACUGUGAGAGCAAAGUUAGAUUUUCAGAAUUUUCUUUUCAAUUUUUUUAUCAGAAAUUUCCAAUUAUAUCAUCAACCUUUGAAGAAUUAACAAUUAAAAUGGGAUAUUAUUGUUUUCUGUAUGUGAAUAUAAUGUUCUAGAAAAAGGAGAAAAAAAAAAAAAAAGCUUCAAUUGUAGGAAAUAUUUGUCACAAGCCACAUAAAGAAAUGAUGCAGUGAAAAAGGGUGCAGAACUGUUUUCUUUUAUAAAUUUAAAUAUUUUUAAUAAUUUUCUUUUUUCUUCUUUAUUUUAAAAUAAAUUAUAGGCUUUUUUGUUUUAA